AUGUCAGCGGAUAUGAUCCCCGUCUGGCAUAUCCUCGAACUCGUAUUCAAAAGGCUGGAUCGUAUGUGGAAGCUGUCUACAGCACAGCGCAGAGCACUUGGCCACGCACUCAUCUUCCCACGCGCGCGUCUCGUGAAACAAGCGGACGCGGUUCCAGGGCCUCCUGUAGCCAGCGCGACAGCGGAGUCAGCUCCGGGGGAUGGAGACUUGAAUGUUAUGGAGGUGGAGGAGUUGGGUAGGGACCGAGGGCUUGGGACGGAUGAUCUUGUAAUCGAUAGGCAUGUCGAUGAGUCGGUGAGCCAUGAUGCGUGGCUAGUUGCCUACGCCUUGGUGAUGUGGUAUUCGUCAAUGUGGCAAACGGCUAUCGUUCGAGGCGUACAAGCUCUUGUUCUCCUCGACCAUUUGGUUGUCUUGUUGUCAGAAUGGGAUUCAGUGGCGGUAAUAUGUGAUUCUUCCUGUGGCGAAACUCAAAUGGACGGACGAGCUAUGCUGUCUCGACAGUGCCAAUCCAGCAACUGGGUAAGCUCGGAACUGCUCAAAAGAUAUCAGACAGCACAACGGUACCGGUACCAUGCUUCCGACAGCUUCCUCCGAAGACGGACCAUGUUUGCAAUAAUGGAAACUGUUUCACGCAAGAAUAACCAGGUAAUGCGUUGGACGCCGCCAUGGGGUCGCAAGGCAACGUCUGUACCGGUAUCCGCGAUGACAAUGGCUACAUGUCGGCUAAAUCCGUUACUCGACGCACAAUGUCCAACUUUGUCGGUUGUGGGCAAGGCUCGCAUCUUCUCUCCGUUAUUACCUACCUACAUGCCGCCAAAUCGGGCUGGGGGCGGGACCGGCUGUUGGCGACCCCCGUCACAGGGCGGAAACGAUGAGGCAGAUCGUGAAAGCUUGGUGUACUUGGGGGGCAUCUUUCGUCUGUGCAAACUCUUGCCCCCGGUCCGGUUACAUGGGCCGAUCUUGGGGUCUGUUGUGCGCGCAGAAAGUUGGAGAGGCACAAAUGAUAACAUGAUAACAUGCGCAGCGCUUCGUGAUGGAUUGCCUCACGCAAAGCCAGCGUCACUUGCUAGGCAAAAGGGGUAUACGCAUCCAAAGAUCGUUUGUGAAUUGAACAAAACCAAUCGGUACCUUUGCUCAUUUGAAGUUGGCGUGACGGGUACCACAUGCCCUGCUGUUCCGUCCGUGCAAUCACGUCCCAAUGACCCUUGUGUGCACGCGAUGCAGAUGGGAAAAGUGAUGAUUUCCCCGUCUGUGAACGGUCGGGAUGAAAGAGGGGCGGUAUCGUCCAAGAAGAAGAGGGGGCGAGUGUACUAUACCACGUCUUUCGACACACUGCUCCAUGUGCAUGCCUCGAAGAUCUCCCCAAGUCCGAUAUCUCGGAUCCCAGAUACUCAGCCAGCCUUCAAAUUCCCCAUUCCCUUUCCGUGGGAUCGCAAGGAUGUCGGGAUUCCCUUCCGAUCUGCCAUGUCCAACGGUGCGGUGCGGUGCAGUGCGGGACGGGACACGGCGGCCGCAUCCCCCUCGCUCCCCCCCCUCCCCAUGCUGCACAAGGGGCAUGCUGCACAAGAGACAUGCGAGCUGGAUGGGUGUACCGUGUGUGCGAGUUUGAAAGCGAGUUCUCGAGACCGGGAGGGUGCAGUCUGGCGCUGGCGGCAGGCGCGGGCGCUACGUGAGCAAGAUGUGUACGCAACAAAAAGCAUACCAGUGUGA